AUGUCCGGAUUCUACGUCUGGGGUGGUGAUCAACCAGUCAAGACGACCAAAGACAAACUUCUGCGAUACAGCAGUGCCUUGGGUCUGAAUGAACUCCCGCCUGCGAUUUGCGACGCGGUUGUUGUGUGCCGAGGUAUAGGCCUGUCGUAUCUUUGGGUUGAUGUUCUGUGCAUCCUGUACGACGACCCCGAGGACAGGAUACGAGAGCUGGCCGUCAUGUCGGAGAUCUACCGGCUGUCCACUGUUACUAUUUGUGCCGCAUCGAGCAGUGGAGUUGAGCACGGGUUCCUUUACAACAGGGGGUAUUUCUAUUCUGCCCGCUCAUCUCCGCCGGUCAGGCUACGGUUCCGCAACAAAACGGGCGGCGAAGGGGUGCUCCUUGCCUUUGCGACCGAGAACCAGGAAGACGAGCCUGACUACAAAGCGCCUAUAGAGGAACGCGGCUGGUGUUAUCAGGAGCGGCGCCUGCCGCCUCGUGUGCUGUACUAUGGGCUCAGGGGCCUGAUGUAUACUUGCCAGCACCGGCAGAUGCGGGACCGAGGGCCGUACGGGGCCGUCUUCCGCGAUGUACCGGUCAUGCCGCGCCCAUUUGAAGAGCCCAGCUUCUUCACCAAGGACUGGAUGGAGAUUGUUUCCAACUACUCGCGCCGGCUCCUGAGCCACCCGGGAGACAAGCUGCUCGCCUGUUCCGCAGUUGCAAGCGCGGCAUACCGCGCUUCUCAACAAUCGUCCCGGACCCGGCAGCAGAAGCUUUCUAAUACAUACCUGGCCGGGCUGUGGAAGGACAAGCUCCCAGUCGGGCUGGACUGGUAUGUGCCGCCGCGUGCGUCCCCCGACGGAGCCAACCGUGAACUGCGCAUGAGGCGUUCCAAGUACCUGGCGCCGACAUGGUCGUGGGCGGCGGUCGACAGCGGAGUCAGAUUUUGGUCGCGGGAGCCGGUCGACAAGGUCUGCAAACUGCCUCCAACACCCUCCAGCAAGGUCAGGAUAAUCAGCGCGGUGGCCAACCCAGAGACGACUGGAAUGCCCUUCGGAUCUGGCAAAGACGGCCUGCUGGUUGUCAAGGGCGGUGCGGCGGUGGCCAAAUGGGUCCCGGGUGCGGACGGGGCACCAGACGCCAUAUCCUGCGGGGAUUUUAGCUUCCCAGUGCACCGUGACAGCUUGGAGGAGGGGGGUGAUGCGGCCGGGUUUGUGCAAGAGCCGUUGCUAGCUCUGCGCUUGCUCCGAGGGGACGUCUUGAACCAUCACCGCGGCCUGAACUGUGGGCUGGUGCUCCGGCGCGUCGACAAGGACCAUUGUGCUCGCGUCGGGCUUUUCUACUGUUGCCGAGAGCAUGAGCACAACACUGGCGGAUGCGGACAGAAAUUUAAAGGGUUCAAGAAGCAAACGGUGAAAAUUAUUUAA